UUAUUGUAAUGCAACACUUGCUUCCAGUCGUAUUCGAACACUUAAUAUUUAAAACUCGACAAACGAAGGUUGUGCCGGUCCUGAUCUCAUAAAGAAAGAAAGGAAAAAAAACCCAACAAGAAGAUAAAUAAAAACCUAUUUUCGGCUGCUUGUAAUUCGUAUUCGAUUGUGCAGUACGUGUGAAGUAAAUUUUUUGCACCGUUUCUGUUUUGUUUUCAAUAUUCUCGUCCCUUUGAAUUAAAAAUGACAAACAAACCAAAAGUUCUAAUUCUUGGAGGUUGCGGAUUUAUUGGACGACAUUUGGUUUCGUAUUUGAUAAACAACGGCCUAGUGUCGCUUGUACGUGUUGUUGAUAAAACACCGCCACUCUUGGCAUGGCUAAACAAUCAACACAUGGCUGCGUUCAACGAUAACGCUGUCGAAUUUUGCAGUGCAAAUCUAAUUAAUCAAGCAUCGUGUAAGAAUGCAUUUAAACCACCGAAUGACUGUGAUUAUCCAUAUUGGGAUUAUGUAUUUAAUUGUGCGGCUGAAACGCGUCUAGGCAAAAGUGAUGGAAUCUAUCAGGAAGGCAUUUACAAAUUGAGUUUAAACUGUAUAAAUGAGGCGAUUGAACAGAAUGUGCAUCGAUAUAUUGAAUUCAGUUCAGGUAAUAUGCUGUCGAGUGAGAAAAAACCGAUCAAAGAGGAUUGCGAAAAGAAACCGUGGUCAAAAGUUGCACAACAAAAGCAACGCGUUGAAGACGAGCUUGACAAUCGUAGCAAUGAUUUAAACUAUACCAUUUUACGUUUGCCAUUAGUUUACGGAACCGGCGAUCACAAAGGAUUAGCUACUCGAUUGGUUAUAGCUGCAUUAUACAAGCAUAUGAACGAAACGAUGAAACUUUUAUGGAAUGAAUCGAUGAAAAUGAAUACGGUGCAUGUUGAUGAUGUUGUUGCGGCUGCAUUUGCAUUGGCUCAAAAUCCGUUGGCAAAUAAACAGUGCUACAAUAUUGUUGACGAUUCGCAAUCGACGCAAGGAAGCAUUUCAAAAAUUUUGGCAAACAUUUUUAACAUUAAAGUCGAUUAUUGGGGCGAAGGAAUUUCAAAUUUUUCGAAGUUGAAAAUUCCAACAUCGGUUAUUGUUGAAGAAAUCAAUGACAAGCAUAUGGCGCCAUGGGCUGACAUUUGUCUGAGAGAUAAAUGCGAAAAUACACCACUAUCGCCGUUCAUGGAUGGCGAGCUAAUACAACAUUGCCAUUUGAAUUUAUCCAAUGAAAAAUUGAAAGCGACCGGCUAUCGACUCAAAGUACCGAUUCUCACACAAGAAAGCAUAGAAGAAAUCGCCAACGAUUUUGCCAAACAAAAACUUUUACCAACAUCACUUUUGUACUGAGACUGAUACAAUUUUUAUCUCACAUUUAGCUCACUUUUAUUGAUAUUAUUAAUAUAUAAAUACGCCACGUGUUUGACUAUAAAAACAUUGAAUUUGUAUAUAAUUUGAAAAGUGCCUAAAAUUUGAUGAAUAUUAUUGACAGAAAACUCAAUUUAUGAGCUCUUUGGAUUUUAAUUGCAAAUAAAGUAUUUUAAGAAAUCA